AUGACAACAAAUAGUAGAAACGAUAACACGAAUACUGCGGAUAUAAGAAAUGACAGAAUUGUCACAAAUUCGCUAGGUAAUCCAAUUAAUGAACCCUAUGCAACCCAGAGGAUUGGUUGUUUUGGACCGUUAUUAAUGCAAGAUGCUAACUUAUUGGAUUUUUUGGCCCAUUUCAAUCGUGAAAGGAUCCCUGAACGUAAUCCACAUGCACAUGGUUCAGGUGCUUUUGGAUUCUUUGAAGUCACAGACGACAUAACUGAUAUCUGUGGUUCAGCAAUGUUCGAUACUAUAGGUAAAAGGACACGUUGUUUAACAAGGUUUUCUACUGUCGGUGGAGAAAAGGGAUCUGCUGACACCGCAAGAGAUCCCCGUGGAUUUGCCACAAAAUUUUACACAGAAGAAGGUAAUCUAGACUGGGUGUACAACAAUACUCCGGUGUUUUUCAUUAGAGAUCCUUCUAAAUUUCCUGCGUUUAUUCAUACCCAAAAGAGAAACCCACAAAGUAAUCUAAAGGACCCCAAUAUGUUUUGGGAUUUUUUGACUAUACCGGAGAAUCAAGUUGCUAUUCAUCAAGUAUGCAUUCUGUUUUCCGAUCGUGGUACCCCUACUUCAUAUAGAAAGAUGAACGGUUAUUCUGGCCACACGUAUAAAUGGUCAAAUAAAAAGGGUGAGUGGUACUAUGUUCAAGUUCAUUUAAUAACCGAUCAAGGAAUCAAAAACUUCACAAAUGAGGAAGCUAUUGAUAUGUCAGGGAAAAAUCCAGACUGUUGUACUCAGGAUCUUUUUAAUUCUAUCGAACAUAGUGAUUACCCCUCUUGGACCGUCUAUAUACAGACAAUGACAGAAGAUGAAGCUAAAAGACUGUCUUUUUCAGUAUUCGAUUUAACCAAAGUUUGGCCACAUAGCCAAUUCCCAAUGAGACGUGUGGGUAAAUUAGUUCUAAAUGAAAAUCCAAAAAAUUAUUUUGCACAGAUUGAACAAGCCGCUUUUGCUCCAAGUAAUACUGUUCCAUAUCAAGAAGCUAGUGCAGACCCUGUUUUACAAUCUAGACUUUUUGCUUAUGCAGACGCUCAUCGUUAUAGAAUUGGGCCAAACUAUAACCAAGUCCCUGUUAAUUGUCCCUUCGCUUCAAAAUUCUUUAAUCCUAUGAUUAGAGAUGGACCAAUGAAUGUUAACGGUAAUUUCGGUUCUGAACCUAAUUAUUAUGGGUCGAAUAUCAACUAUCAAUUUAUACAACAGGAUAAGCCAAUCCAACAACAUCAGGAAGUUUGGCAUGGACCCGCUGUACCUUUCCAUUGGGCAACCGAUGCAGGUGAUAUUGAUUUUAAACAAGCUACUGAUCUGUACCAAAAAGUUCUCUCUAAACAAUCCGGGGCACAAGAAAGAUUGGCACAUAAUGUCGCAGUACAUGUAGCUAAUGCAUCUACUGAUAUACAAAAAAAAGUAGUAGCAAUGUUUACAAGGGUGGAUCCAAGAUUAGGUCAAAGAAUAAAAGAAAUUUGUGACGAAAAAUGUAAUGAAAGUAAAGUAUCAAAGUUCUGA